AUGAUUACAGAUUAUGUUUAUCAUAGAAUCGCGUUCAUCUUCACAGAAAAAAAGAAACGAAGCGCCACCAUCCCGGGAGGGCGCGAGCGGGGCGGGGCGGGGCGGGUGCGGGCGUUCAAGAAAGGGAGGUGGGAGGGUAUUUCCUCCGCCCCGCGCCGCCCGCCGCGCCCGCCGGUCGGCGCGGCGCGCAGCAGCAGCCCAACGCACGCAACGCCUGAGCGGCACAGCCUGCCUCCGCCAUCGCACCGCUGGAAAGGCGAGCCGCAGCGGCCGCGAACGCCGCGCGCCGCUGCGCCCGCGCCGGCCGCACGCCCCCUCGGCUGCCCGCUGACGCGACGCCGCCGCCCCGAAAGGAUCGUCCGGCGGCGACGCAUCUCGCGCCGGCCCGAGGCCCUUCUCCGGGCACGACUGCUUUCGCGGCCUCACGAAGUCUACGGAAGGACGGGAGAAGGGCGUCCGCCGUUUGCGGCCGCCCUCCUCUUCCUGCCUCCGCUUUCGCUCCUCGCCCUGUCGCCGCCGCCGCUGCCGUCCCCGCGCUGUUAUCUCGCCGCCGCCGGUUCAUUAAUUUCGACACUAAAUGACGGAGGACGCCGCUCGCCCGCCGCCUCCGUCUACACUGCCGCCGCCGUUGCCGCUCAGGAGAAAUUUCGCCGAAGGCUUCCCGGCGCCGGAGUGGGACUCGAACCUCGGACAUGCUCCCCUGAGGGAGCUCUGUGGCCACCAUUUCGCACAGGGGAUUCCAAUAUGCGCCCGAGCACUGUGUUCCUGACAGCGGUGAUCCUGCAUAGCUUGAGCAUGGGCCAAGGAGACGUGAUUCGGUCUUGCGACUUGGAGUCCUUUGGGUGAUUCGCAACGGGCCAUGUCCCUGCAAAAGCCGCGUUCAUUUCCUCCAUCACUGAAGAACUUGAAUUCAUCACCAUGAGAUAUAGCGAUGAAGAAAUUCUACUUUUUGUGGGAGUAUUGUAUAACACUGACCAUGACUCUGAUAUUGAUAAUAAAAUAUUUUUUAAAUA